AUGGCCCGCAACAGCGAAAAAGCGCACUCGAUGCUCUUCCGCUUCCGCGCAGCGCAAGCCGCCGAAGCAGGCAUAAUCGACAUCUCGCGCACGCGGCGCCCCAAGCUCAUCACAGGCGUGACCUCGAUUCCAGUCUGUGAGAAAUGGCGCGGACAAGUCCUCAAGGAAAUUAGUCGCAAAGUGACAAAGAUCCAGGACCCUGCACUAUCAGACUACCAGAUUCGCGACUUGAACGAUGAGAUUAAUAAGUUGAUGCGCGAGAAGCACAUGUGGGAAAGCCAGAUACGGAAUAUGGGCGGGCCGAAUUAUAUGCGCGGGGGUCGGGUGCUGGAUGAGGAGGGGAGAGAAGUACCUGGCGGCGGGAAGGGGUAUCGCUAUUUCGGAAGAGCAAGGGAGCUGCCUGGUGUGAAAGAGCUCUUCGAGAGGCAGCAAAGGCCGGAGGACGACGAGGGUGCCGCGAAAAACAGGGAGAAGAGGAGCGAGCUGAGGCAGAGGGUGGACGCGGGGUACUAUGGGUAUAAUUUAGAUGAGGAGGAUGGGACGUUGUUGGCGUAUGAGAGGGCGAAGGAGAAGGAGGCGUGGGAUGACUUUUUAGCGCUGCCCGAUGACAUCGAUGCAAAGCCAGGAAGGGAGCUGAAGCCGUGGGAGGAUCUGCCUGGCGACGCGGGAGAUGGUGCGCGGUGGAGUGUGCCUACGCUCGAAGAGGUCAAUGACGAGCUUAUCGAGCGCCGGAAGAGGAAGUUAUUGGAGAAGCUGGGUUGA